AUGGGCAUAACAUUUAAUACUGGAUUUCCUAUAGGUUUUGCAUUGAUGUCGAGGAAAACGGAAAGGGCAUACACGACGCUUUUCAAUAAGGUUUUAAGUAUAGUACCAGAGUGGCAACCUCAAACCAUAAUAGUUGAUUUUGAAAGGGCAGCUAUUGCUGCUAUAAGAACAAUGUUCCCAAAUACCACUAUUAGAGGCUGUUGGUUUCAUUCCUCCCAAGCGGUAUGGAGAAAAGUUGCAAACAUAGGAUUGAUUGAAAUAUGUAGUAACCAUCGAGGAGCCUAUGACACAGUGCAUAUGUUGAUGGCAUUGCCUUUGCUGCCGACAAAUAGUAUAGCUGAAGGUUUUGAAACUGUAAGGGCAUACUAUAUUGAGAAUGUGCAAUCAUUGAUUAGCAAUAAUAAUGAUUACAAUUUUACAUUAUUAUUUGAAUAUUAUAGAUCAACAUGGCUUGCAGGAAUAAACGCAGAUAUAUUGUCGGUGAGUGACACCGUUUGGCGUACUAACAAUGUGAUGGAAGUAAGUCACCAACAUCUCCAAAUGCACAUGCAAAAUCGGCACAAUCCUGAGCCAUGGGUGUUUUUGAAGGGGCUAAUUACUUACUCAAAUGGUGUUUUGAACGAUUAUAAUGAGGCUACUGAUGGUGGUCAAGUAAGACAACCUCAACGGCAAGUUUGGAUAGAUCAGCAAAGGAAUUUAGAUAGAUCCUUGAGGCUGCUUACAGAACAACGCUACUCAAUGUUGGAGUUUUUAAUAUGCGCUAGGCAUUCAACACCAACUUUUGGUGUAAUACGGCCUCAACACCAAGCUAUUGUAGUACCUGCUGCUGUCUUUCCACAAGCUCCAUUACCACUCCCCGUUGAUCAGCAGGACAUACAACCUCAAGCUAUUCCUGUGCUCCCUGCUACUGCUUUACUACAGGCACCAUUACAAGAAAAUCAACCAGCUUUAUUACCACUGCACGAUGAUCAGCAUCAGGAACUGAUUCGUGAAGAAAUAAUGAGAAGGAUUUUACCACCUAGACCAGCAGUGCACGUUCCUCGAGAUCUUUUUUAUAAUCUUGAUGCCGAUGCAGAUUAUUCAGAUGAAGAUGUGUCUACCGAACAGUCUGCGAACAGUCCAUCAGUUAUUUACAUUGAACGUGCAGAUUUGACAAUUAUACCAAUAGAAGAGGAAACGUGUUACAUAUGUUUGUACAGUCCACCAACAGUGGUAGCGUAUCCAUGCCUACACCAAGGCCUAUGUGAAGCUUGUCAUGAAAGUUAUUCAAGGAUGCCUCCGAAUGAGCAUAGGCCAUAUUACCGCUGUCCACUUUGUAGAGCUGGAAUAGAAAUCUACUAUAUAUUAACUUGA